AUGGACGACUCACAUAUUCUUACGAAUGUUGUUCAUAUAUUUGGUAACAAAUGCGAACAUUUAUCAUUAAAUCUAACAACAUUUCCUAAAACGGUUUUACCAAUUUUACGAAAUAUACGACAACUACGUAGUUUGCAUGUACAUUAUCACGCUUGGUGUUAUAAAUCGUAUAUUCCACCAACAUUUUGGUUUCAAGAAUCGACAGUAGAAGUUGAUGUUUCCGAUUUUGUCUAUACUCCAGGUGAUUUUAAUUUUUACAUAAGGUUUGGAAAACGACCAUAG